AGGGGCGAUGGGUUUAUGUCAUCAUCCUGCGCCCGCCUGCCCGCGACGUGCCGGCAGCUGGCGCAGCCCUCCGCUCGCCCGGCCUCCCCCUCCCUGGUUCCGCGCUCUGGUUCCGCCAUGGAAUCCAACAAGGAUGAAGCCGAGCGCUGUAUUAGCAUCGCCCUCAAGGCCAUCCAGAGCAACCAGCCUGACCGGGCGCUCCGCUUCCUGGAGAAAGCGCAGCGGCUGUAUCCGACGCCGCGAGUUCGCGCCCUGAUUGAGUCCCUCAACCAGAAACCACAGUCUGCCGGUGACCAUCCCCAACCCACAGACGCGACCCACAGGAAAGCAGGUGGGGCCGAUGCCCCCUCGGCCAACGGAGAAGCUGGAGGAGGAGAGAGCACUAAAGGCUACACUGCAGAGCAAGUAGCAGCAGUAAAAAGGGUCAAGCAGUGUAAAGAUUACUAUGAGAUCCUGGGGGUGAGCAGAGGGGCCUCCGAUGAGGACCUGAAGAAGGCCUACCGCAAGCUGGCCCUCAAGUUCCACCCAGACAAGAACCACGCCCCUGGUGCCACUGAAGCUUUCAAAGCCAUUGGCACAGCAUAUGCGGUACUUAGUAACCCGGAGAAAAGGAAGCAGUAUGACCAGUUCGGUGAUGACAAGAGCCAGGCAGCCCGGCACGGCCAUGGGCAUGGGGACUUCCACCGUGGCUUUGAGGCGGACAUCUCCCCUGAGGACCUCUUCAACAUGUUCUUUGGUGGUGGCUUCCCGUCUAGUAAUGUCCACGUCUACAGCAACGGCCGCAUGCGCUAUACCUACCAGCAAAGGCAGGACCGCAGGGAGAACCAGGGUGACGGCGGGCUGGGGGUCUUUGUGCAGCUGCUGCCCAUCCUCAUCCUGAUCGUCGUGUCGGCGCUCAGCCAGCUCAUGGUCUCCAGCCCUCCAUACAGCCUGAGUCCACGGCCGUCGGUGGGCCAUGUCCACAGGCGAGUCACUGACCACCUGAAUGUCGUCUACUACGUGGCAGACACCUUCUCUAAGGAGUACACGGGCUCCAGCCUCAAAACAGUUGAACGGAAUGUGGAAGACGAUUACAUCGCCAACCUCCGAAACAACUGCUGGAAGGAGAAGCAGCAGAAGGAAGGCUUGCUAUACCGGGCCCGCUACUUCGGUGACACGGAUAUGUACCACAAGGCGCAGAGGAUGGGCACCCCGAGCUGUAACCGACUGUCAGAGGUGCAGGCCUCCCUGCAUGGAUAGUCCCGGGCCAGCCACGCCACGGAGGUCCAAGUAUGAGCCAGGGCCUCUGCCCUGCAACUCUUGGCAGCUCUGGCCCUGGUCAUGAGGCAGAGGAGGGCGGGAGGGCGAGAGGGGAAUGGCCUGUUGAUUAGGGCACAGACUCCUUGUCCCCAGCCUGACCUCCAGCCUGCAGAGCUGGGGCAGCUCCAGGGUAUGCUCAGGCCUCUCACGCUCCUGUGUACCCUGCGCCCAACUCCCUGGCCCUGGGAACGUGGGGAGCCCAAGAGCCAGGCAGAAGGGGGAAUUGAAGGCCACUGCUAAGGGCCAUGUGUGUUUCCCUGGUCUCAUCCAGCCCCCAAGUCACCACAGCCCUUUCCCAAGUACAACAGACUACUAUCUGUUUAGGCCACCAAGUACUUCUGGUCCCAGGAUAGCCCCCCCACCCCCCCCCCACACACCCUCCCCAUCUGACAUCAGGAAGAAACCCAUGAGAAUGGGUGGGCCAAGAUCCCGUGCUCUUGCUCUGGCCUUCCAGGCAGGAGGAAAUGGAACAGGAUGGAUAGGCAGCCCCACAGUGGGCCGGGGAGGGAGCCAACAUGCUGGGAGCAGGAGAGGCCUGUGUACCCUGACCCCUUGCCCUCUGGUGGAAUCCAAGGCGCUCUCUCAAGUGCUAGUGCACCCGCAGCCUGGAGGCAUUUCGGCCUGCCCUGGGCGCGUCUCACCUGUGGUCUAGGGGAGAGAGCAGACGGCAUGAGUUGAGGGUCGAAGGCAGAGCCUUUAGUACAGAAGGGGUGGGGAAAAAAUGCCAAGUCACUGGUCACAGGCUUCCGCCUCCUUUGCCCCUGCAUGUGGGUAGCGAGCUCGGCUCCCAGCGCUUGCCGGAGGGGACAGACUGGACCGAGCCCAGAGAGCGGAGCAGAGCUGGCGAAGGUGCUUCUCUGUGUCGGUACCUGCCCGUCCGUCCUCUGCCUGUGCCCCCCCCUUGGCAAGGGUCCAGCCCCAGACGCUGUGCUUGGAGGCCAUCUGCUAGCACCUCCGGGAGAGUGACAGAGCGCAGGAGGGAGACCGGUUGGGGCCGAGGUGGGCAGGACGGCAGCCGGGGGUCGGCUUGUUUGUGCAGGCUGAGCUGGCGGCUCCAGGCCCUGGGACUGCUGAGCUAACUGUUCCCACUCUCCUCCCCAGACCAUGAAAUCCCUGGAGAAUUUUUGGUGACAUGCACUGAGCCAAGGUGAUGGACUGUGUAUUUAAGGAAAGACAUAAAAA